CCCGCCUAACGUGACAUGCACAUGAUACCGCAGAUAACCCAUGCAUACAUAAAGCAUCUCCAAAUAGAUGAGGGGUAAUCCUUCCUUUUGUAAAGUCCUCAUUCUAUUACCACAAUGACCGCAAUUGUAGCUCGCCCCAAUGGUACCGACCAUCUUAAUGUGCUUGACACUGUAGAUGUCGCGACAGAGCCUAUUACCGUGCAGCCAAGGGUCACAAAUGGCGCCGCUACCAGCGCACGUCCUCGCUUUUCCUAUGCAACUGCUACCACUUUGCCAUUGGUAGAUAGAUUCAUUGAUGAGCCACGGUCGCUGCGCGUUGCCGUUGUUGGUGGUGGGCUAACUGGUAUUCUGGCGGGUAUUCUGCUGCCUCGCAAGGUCCCUGGGAUUAAGCUUACCAUUUAUGAGAAGAAUCCUGAUUUUGGUGGAACGUGGCUCGAAAACAUCUACCCGGGAGUACGUUGUGACAUUCCAUCGCAUGUCUACCAGGCGACAUUUGCCCCGAAGAAAGACUGGUCUGACGAAUUUGCGUCGGGCGCAGAGAUUCGAGACUAUUGGCAAGAUGUAGCUCGCCAAUACGAUCUAUACAAGUAUGCAAGAUUUAAUGAGCGAGUGUUGGCAGCAGAGUGGUAUACCACGAAUAGCACCUGGCAAGUCACAAGCAGCAAGGGCGACAAGUCAAUAAAGGAGGAAUACGACUUUGUAUUGACUGCCGUCGGCCGCUUCAAUACCUGGCAGCUCCCAGACUACCCAGGCUUGUCCGACUUCCAAGGGCUGCUGCGCCAUACAUCGAAUUGGGAUGCAACCUUUGAUCCAGCAGGCAAGCGAGUCGCCGUCAUUGGCAACGGAGCCAGCGGCAUCCAAGUUGUGUCCAGCUUGCAAAACCAGGUAGUUCAGCUUGACCACUACGCGAGAAGCAAGACGUGGAUUGCGUCAUCAUGGGCAGGCGACGACCGAACACUAGAGCCGCAGCCCAUCUCCCAGGAGAAACAGGCCCAGUGGCAAGCGGAUGACGCAGCGUAUCUCGAGUUUCGAAAGACCAUGGAAGAUAAAUACUGGCGCAGAUUCCGCACAUUCAUCAAAGACUCGGACGAAAACGCAGCCCUACGAGAGCGGUUUACCGACGUGAUGAAGUCGCGAUUAGGCGACAAGGCACAUUUGGCCAAAGACAUGGUACCAGACUUUUCACCCAAUUGCCGUCGUUUGACACCUGGCCCUGGCUAUCUCGAGGCCAUUGGGCAAGACAAUGUCGACUACAUCCAGACGCCGAUUCGACGCUUCACUGCGACUGGAAUUGAAACAGAGGACGGCAAGCAUCGCCCUGUAGAUGCCAUCUUUUGCUCCACGGGAUCCCGGCGAGACUUUGUCCCUGCAUUUGAAAUUGUGUCCCAAGACACGACUCUCGCGGAAGUCUGGGCAGCGGAUGGCGAGCACGGCUUUCCAUACAGCUAUCUUGGUGUUGCUGUGCCAGGCUUCCACAAUCUACUACUAAUACAAGGACCUCACGGGACAGCACCGUCAGGAACCGUUCCACACAGCGUGGAAAGCCAACUGGCUUACAUUGCCAAAGUACUCCGCAAAGUCUCCCGAGAGGGCAUCAAGUCUGUGCGGCCGUGCAAGGCUGCCGCCGACGAUUUUCUUGCCUAUUGCGACUCAUUCUUUAAAGAGUCUGUUGUUUCUGAGACUUGCAGUUCGUGGUAUAAUGGUGGAAUUCCCGGGUCUAGAGUACAUGGCAUCUGGCCUGGCAGCGCAGCCCAUCUGACUAUUGUACGGCGUGACCCGCGAUGGGAGGACUUCAAGUACGAGUAUAUAGCCGAGAGCAAUGGAAACAGAUUCAUGGGAUAUUUGGGCAACGGAUCGACGAGAAAGGAGCAAGACGCAGAGAGCGACAUGACUACCUACCUGCACGAAGCGGUUGACUUACGUGAUGUCCACGAGAGCUGGCACACCAUUCCAUAGAGUAGAACUAGGCUACUGUAGACGGUCAUACGGAAAUAAUUAAACCGAGAU